CGCCCCGGAGAGCCAGGCUGCCCGGAAGCCUGUGAGGCGGUGUGGGGAGGGAGCGAAGCCUCUGCUAACGGCGGAGCUCGGGGAGGUUCUGCGGGCUUGGUGUUGCCCUGGCUGGUAUUUAAGGAAACAACAGCAAACUUAAGCAGUCAGACUUUGAGCAAGCGGGGACGUCAUUAAUGCAUUUUCAGCAGUUGGUUAUGUAAAAGUUCCCGGCACCAUCCUGCAUGCGUGGAACAGCGGCGUUUAUUCAUCGCUUGGCUCUUCUGAAAAUACGUUUUUCUUCUUGUUGUUCUCAGAAUUCAUCCUUAAAAAACAAAACAAAAAGCCCACAAAACAAAAAGCAAGCAAACAACCCACAAAAAACACCAACAACCAGGAACACUAAAACCACAUGGCCUGGGGCAUUAUUUAGAAGGAAAACUGGUUAAAUUGUCAAGGUUACAGCUAAUUAAAAAGACCAUCUUACAAGUGAAAAAAACCCCGGUGGCUUCAAUUAAAAUCUCUGUUUACAUAAUUACCCUUUAAAAAUAUUAAUUGUAUUUUGCUAUUUUUUAAGGUAUUUUAAUUUUGUAAUAAUAUGGUUAUUCUCCUACAGUCCCAGAUGAUGAACCCGACAGAUACCUGCAGUAAAGCAAGGGUGCAGAAAACAGGAUAUCACAAGAGCCAAUUAGAAAAACUAUGUACUUAAUAUAUCUAAUUUGGUUCACAAUAAGUAGAUGACUGUGACUGAGGAUCCUGGGCAGUGUGUCCUUGACUUGACACAAGCCUUGCUGAAGCUGAUGCCAUGAUAGCUGCUUUCCUUUCAGGCUAAAGGAGGGAACAAGAGAGUAGACAAUUCCUUGAAAGCGAGUAACCUGUUUGUCAGCCUAACUUAAGAAAUACUAACUAGGAGAAAAAAAAAAAAAAAAGAUACGUUUAGGAAACUUCCAGAGAUGAAAAUAGCAAAGGUAAUUUGAAGAAUUCACUCACAAGGCACAAUAGAAAUUGAACCAUGAUCACAUUUAAUCAGAAGAUUUAAUGCAAGAACCAUUACUGGCUGGAGUAGAAGCCGAUUUGAUUUUCCUUCGCCUACUCUCUUCUUUUGAAACCAAUUUUGAAGCAGGCCAUGUUUUGGGAAAAUACAUGGAACGACCUGUGUCAUUUGUUCUGACUCUUGCCAUUCCUCCCAAGGUGUUGCUGAAGUCAGAGUGUGUUACUGUGCAGCUCUGAGGAAGGUGGUGGAAAAAUAAGAAACAAAAUGAAACCUUUCCAAAGGAUCUGUCUGUUCAAGAGCCUGCUUGCCAAUUGCUACUGUCACAGUCAAUUUCCCAGCUGUCUUUUCCCACCCGUUGCAAAGAAGAUAGGGUGUGUGGUGGGACUGCACAAGCAUGGAUUUUGGAGGCCAAAGUCUUUAUUGGACACAGCUAGAUUCACUCUGUCUUUUAACAGUUGGCAUAGGGAAAUCCAUCAGGAUUCUCAAGCUUUGUGGAAGCAUGAGGCUGUGCAGAAGUAUCUGGAGACUUUAAGCAAGGAAUACCAGCAGGUUAGUCAUCUGUUAAAUGCAGACGCAUUAAAUGACUUUGAGCAAAGAACCCUGAGGAGAAGAUAUGCUGAUCUGUCCCCCAUUGCAGCUGCAUUUCAAGAAAUCAAAGAAGCUGAAAAAGAAGUUCAGGAGUUAGAAGCUAUGUGCAGAGAGCUAGACAGGAGAGAUGAGAAACAACUUCUAGAGCUUGCCUUAGAAGAGAAGGAAACUCUGGAUGAAAAAAUGAACCUGUUGUGCAGAAAGCUUUUCCAGCUUCUAGUGCCAAAGGAAAAAUACGAUAGAAGUCCUGUCAUAUUGGAAGUGACAGCUGGCAGAACAACCGGAGGAGACAUCUGCCAGCAGUUCACUAAAGAAAUGUUUGAGAUGUACCAGAACUAUGCAGACUACAAACGUUGGACCUUUGACAUUGUGAACUAUACGCCAGCUGAGAUAGGAGGGUUACAUCAUGCUGCUGCUCAUAUUUCAGGGGAGGAUGUCUACAGGCAUCUGAAAUAUGAAGGAGGGACUCAUCGAGUCCAGCGAAUCCCUGAGACAGGCAUGUCAUCAAGAAUGCAGCGUAUUCACACUGGGACAAUGUCAGUUAUUGUCCUCCCUCAGCCAGAGGAGGUUGAUGUUAAAGUGGAUCCCAAAGAUUUGCGUAUAGAUACAUUCAGGGCCAAAGGAGCAGGAGGACAACACGUUAACAAAACUGAUAGUGCUGUGAGAAUUGUACACCUUCCCACAGGACUGGCAGUGGAGUGCCAGCAGGAGCGGUCACAGCAGCUGAACAAGGAAAUAGCUCUGCGGACACUGAGAGCUAAGCUGUACCAGCAGAUAAUUGAAAAACAACUAAGUCAAGAGCAGAGCGCCAGAAAACUGCAGUUGGGAACAAGAGCCCAGUCAGAGAGAAUUCGUACUUAUAACUUCACCCAGGACAGAGUCACUGACCACAGGAUCUCAUAUGAGGCACGCAAUAUCAAGGAAAUUCUGUGUGGGAAAGAAGCACUGGAUAAGCUAAUCAACAGACUACUGGAGUUUGCAGAGAUAGAGGCUGUCACCGAAUAUCUAGAAAAUCUGCAGGCUUCGGAAGGCGGAGGCUGCUGACAACGAUGUGUAGAGUUGUGUUCAGUAGCAAAAUAAAACAGGUGUGUUUGUUGGAUGAUAGGUUGAUUAAAAUCAAUUCCUCUGUU